GCGGCGGAGCAGCCAUGUUGCGGGCGGCGGCGGCGCGGGGAGUCAGGAGGGCGGCAUUGCAGUUGCAGCGGUUUCAGAGCACACUGGUCAUAGCAGAACACGACAAUGAGACUCUUACACCCAUUACCCUCAAUGCAGUCACUGCAGCAAAACGUCUCGGAGGUGAAGUUUCCUGUUUGGUUGCUGGGACCAGUUGUGACAAGGUAGCACAAGAACUCAGCAAGGUUCAGGGUAUUGCAAAAGUUCUUGUGGCUCAGCACGACGCGUACAAGGGAUUUCUACCAGAGGAGCUGACUCCCUUGAUUUUGGAAACUCAGAAACAAUUUAAAUACACCCACAUUUGUGCUGGAGCAUCUGCCUUUGGGAAGAAUCUUCUUCCCAGAGUGGCUGCUAAACUUGAUGUCGCUCCUGUUUCUGACAUCAUUGAGAUUAAAUCACCAAACACUUUUGUGAGAACUAUCUAUGCAGGAAAUGUUCUUUGCACUGUCCAGUGUGAUGAAGCAAUUAAAGUGUUUUCUGUACGGGGAACAUCUUUUGAGGCUGCGCCAACAAGCGGCGGCAGCGCCAGCGUGGAAAAAGUGACCCCUCCACCACCCGUUGGUCUGUCAGAAUGGAUUGAGCAGAAGCUGUCAAAAAGUGACCGGCCUGAGCUUACAAGUGCAAGAGUGGUUGUAUCAGGGGGAAGAGGCUUAAAGAGUGGUGAGAAUUUUAAGUUGCUCUAUGAUCUUGCGGACCAAUUGAAUGCUGCAGUUGGAGCUUCCCGUGCAGCUGUAGAUGCUGGCUUUGUUCCUAAUGACCUGCAAGUUGGACAGACAGGCAAAAUAGUAGCACCAGAGCUCUAUAUUGCUGUGGGAAUAUCUGGAGCAAUCCAGCACUUGGCCGGGAUGAAGGACAGUAAGACCAUCGUGGCUAUUAACAAGGAUCCAGAAGCUCCCAUUUUCCAAGUGGCAGACUAUGGACUGGUGGCAGACUUAUUUCAGGCGGUGCCUGAGAUGACGGAGCUCCUGAAGAAGAAGUGAACAACUGCAAUGGCUGCAGUUGGGCUGGAGAGUAACGACAGCACACCCCCAGGAGUAUGGCAAAGCACCAGCGUCGGUGUAUGUUCAUGCUGGGCGGUGUUUGGUAUGGGUGGAGGUGGAGACAGAGGUGGUAAGAAAGAAUAACAGUAAUAAAGGAUUGUAGUGGUAAGAGGGGAUGUAA